UACUGCACGAUUUUACGUAGAGAAAUCUGUGUCUAUAUAUCUUGGGUGCGGAGAGCAAAGAGAUUAUACAGAAAUUGAUGCGAUAUCAUCCAAUUUCAAUUCUCCGACCAAACUGAAUUUGAAAACCCUAGCUCAGUAAAAUCAAUUUUGAAAAAUCGUAAAAAAUGGCUGUAUCGGAAGAAGAGUCAUCUUCAUCGAGCAGCAGUAGCAGUAAUUACAAGUCCCGAUCGCCUCCUCACUAUCUCGCUAAAUCUGUUCUCCGCGGCACCGUUGUGCUUCAGGUCCUUCCCGGCCACUUUCGCUCCCCUUCUUCCAACGACGUCGUUUUCGGCAAGGAAACGUCAAUUGAGUUGGUGAUUAUAGAUGAUGAUGGUGUUGUGCAAUCUGUUUGUGAGCAGCCUUUGUUUGGUAUAAUCAAAGAUAUUGCUGUUUUGAGGUGGAAUGGAAAUCGUCAUCAACAAAGUCUCCAGAUGCAAGGAAGGGAUGCUUUGGCCAUUAUAUCUGAUUCCGGGAAGCUCUCAAUUCUUACAUUUUGCAGUGAAAUGCAUAGGUUUUCACCACUGUCACAAACUCAACUCUCAAGUCCUGGGAACUCGAGGCAUCAAAUUGGUAGGAUGCUGACCAUAGAUUCCAAUGGUUAUUUUAUUGCGGUUAGUGCAUAUGAGUUUCAAGUGGCCUUCUUCAAAAUUUCAAUGUCUUCCGGUAAUGAUAUCAUUGAAAAGAGAAUAUCUUAUCCUUCUGAAACUGAAGGAGAUACAAAUACUAGUGGACUAGUUUCCAGUAUUGGUGGCACAAUUUGGAGCAUGUGCUUUAUUUCAAAUGAUCUACGGCAAUCAUAUAAGGAGCACAACCCUGUAUUAGCCAUUCUUCUGAGUAGGAGAGAUUCAGUAGUCACAGAAUUGUUAUUGUUAGAAUGGGAUAUUGAGGAAGAUAAUGCACAUGUGUUGUCUCAGUAUUCAGAUGCCGGAUCCCUAGCCCAUAACAUAACUGAAGUUCCGGGAUUAUAUGGAUUUGCGUUUCUGUUUAGGGUUGGUGAUAUCCUCUUAAUGGAUUUAAGAGAUGCUCAUAAUCCCUGUUGUGUUUUUAGAACGAGUUUGUGUUCUUUAUCCACUGCUGUCGAGGAGCUCAAUGAUGCUGAAGAAUCGUGUAAAGUACAUAGUGUUGAAGAAGAAUGUAUAUUUGACGUGGCUGCCUCUGCUUUACUGGAGCUUGGUGACAUACAUAAAGAUAAAGAUGAUGACCCCAUGAAUGUAGACAGUGAAUGUGGGAAUGUCAAUUCAACCUCCUGCCAUGUGUGUUCAUGGAGCUGGGAACCAGAAAAUGUGAAAAACCCAAGGAUGAUUUUCAGCGUAGAUUCUGGAGAGCUAUAUAUGGUUGAGAUUUAUUCUGAUUCUUCUGGGCCAAAAGUUAACCUAUCCGAUUGUCUCUACAAAGGCCUUCCAUCCAAGGCCCUUUUGUGGGUCGAAGGUGGAUUGGUCGCUGCAUUUGUGGAGAUGGGUGAUGGAAUGGUACUGCAACUGGAAGAAGGGAGGUUACUCUACAAAAAUCCUAUCCAGAAUAUAGCACCAAUAUUAGAUAUGUCAGUUGUGGAUUACAUUGAUGAGAAACAUGAUCAAAUGUUUGCCUGCUGUGGAAUGGCACCAGAGGGGUCUUUAAGAAUCAUUCAAAAUGGUAUUAGCGUAGAAAAAUUAUUGAAAACUCCUCCUAUUUAUCAUGGCGUUACUGGUACCUGGACAAUUAAGAUGAAAGUUACUGAUUCUUAUCAUGCUUUGCUCGUACUUUCAUUCGUUGAAGAGACUAGGGUGCUUUCUGUUGGUGUAAGCUUUACUGAUGUUACUGACUCAGUUGGUUUCCGACCUGAUGUCUGCACUCUUGCAUGUGGUCUUGUUGGGGAUGGUUUGCUAGUGCAGAUUUACCAGAAAGCAGUUAUACUUUGUUUACCUACUACAGGUGUCCACCCUGAAGGUAUUCCAUUGUCAUCUCCAGUUUGUAGUUCCUGGGUCGCUGACAAUAUGAAUAUUAGUCUUGGAGCUGUUGGACAUAACGUAAUUAUUGUAGCUACUUCAAAUCCAUGCUUAUUAUAUAUUCUUGGUGUAAGGUUUUUGUCAGCUUAUCGAUAUGAAAUAUAUCAGCUGUACCAUGUGCAAUUGCAGAAUGAGUUGUCCUGCAUUUCCAUUCCUGAAAAACACUCUAUCCUAAAGCCUUCAACUCCUCACUCCAGUUGCCCAGACAGUACCUUUUCUGUUCCAGUUGACAUUGGUAAUACUUUUGUAAUUGGUACUCAUAAGCCUUCAGUUGAAGUCAUAUCCUUUAUACCAGAUAAAGGCAUAAAGGUUGUUGCGAUAGGAACCAUUUCACUAACAAAUACCAUGGGCACAACCAUCAGUGGCUGUAUUCCGCAGGAUAUAAGGCUUGUACUAGUUGAUCGACUCUACGUUCUUUCAGGAUUGAGGAACGGAAUGUUACUUAGGUUUGAUUGGCCUUCUACCUCUAUGAUGUCCUCAUUCGAGUCAACUCUUCAGAAACCUUGUAGUGGUUUGUCUGUGCCUCCUUCAAUUGCGCACACAAACAGAAACUCCUCGGGCCCUGUAUCAUCUGAGAGAAUGAAGGAGAAUUGUCCUGUAUACCUGCAGUUGAUUGCAGUACGCCGCAUAGGUAUUACUCCUGCCUUCUUGAUUCCGCUGACAGAUUCCCUUGACGCUGAUAUAAUAACUCUCAGUGAUAGGCCUUGGUUGUUGCAAACUGCAAGGCACAGUCUCAUGUAUACAUCCAUAUCAUUUCAACCUUCAACACACGCCACCCCUGUAUGCUCCGCUGAGUGUCCUAAUGGAGUUAUGUUUGUUGCAGAGAACAGUCUCCACUUGGUGGAGAUGGUUCAAAGUAAGAGACUUAAUGUACAAAAGUUCCCUCUUGGAGGUACUCCGAGGAAGGUUCUAUUUCAUAAUGAAAGCAGGUUGUUACUUGUCAUGAGGAAUGAUCUUAGUAGUGACUCUUAUUCAUCAGACGUAUGCUAUGUUGACCCUCUCAGCGGGUCAAUUCUGUCAUCAUUCAAACUUGACCCUGGGGAAACGGGAAAAUGUAUGGAGCUGGUGAAGGUUGGACACGAACAUGUGUUGGUAAUUGGAACUAGUCUUUCUGUGGGACCAGCAAUGAUGCCCAGUGGUGAAGCUGAAAGCAGCUCACAGGGACGACUGAUAGUCCUCAGCCUUGAGCAUAGACAACAUUCUGAUGCUGAUUCCAUGACACAUGGUUCAAAGGCUAGUUCAUCUUCUCAAAGAACUUCACCUUUUCGUGACGUCACUGGGUAUGUUGCUGAACAGCUGUCAAAUAGUAGUAUGUGCAGCAGUCCGGAUGAAAAUAACUUUGACGGGAUCAAGCUUGAAGAAACUGAAGCUUGGAGUAUAAAAUUAUGUUAUUCAACUAAGCUGUCUGGAAUGGUACUCGCAGUUUGUCCAUAUCUUGAUCGUUAUUUCUUGGCCUCUGCUGGUUCUGUUUUCUAUGUUUGUGGUUUUCCAAAUGAUAAUUACCAAAGGGUGAGAAGACUAGCUGUUGCGAGAACCCGAUUUAUGAUACGGACUUUGACUGCACAUUUUACAAGAAUCGCUGUUGGUGAUUGCAGAGAUGGCAUUCUCUUCUUUUCGUACCAUGAGGAUGCAAGAAAACUGGAGCAACUUUAUUGCGACCCAGUCCAGAGGCUAGUUGCUGAUUGCAUGCUUAUGGAUGCUGAUACUGCUGUUGUGUCAGAUCGCAAAGGGAGUGUUGCUGUUUUGUCGCGGCCGAGUCAUGUAGAAGAUAAUGCUAGUCCUGAAAGCAACUUAACACUGAAUUGUUCCUUCUAUAUGGGUGAGAUUGCGAUGAGCAUCAGCAAGGGUUCACUUCUGUACAAACUCCCCGCUGAUGAUGCAUUCAGAGGUUGUGAUGUUGCCAAUACAGUGUUCAAUGUUUCCUGCAACAGCAUCUUGAUCAGCACUCUGUUGGGAAGCAUAAUAAGCUUUGUUCCUCUUUCAAGGGAGGAAUAUGAAAUCUUAGAAGCUGUUCAAGCUCGUCUUGUUGUUCACCCUCUGACAGCCCCUAUUUUAGGAAAUGAUCAUAAUGAGUUCCGCAGCCGCGAAAGUGCGGUCACUGUGCCCAGAAUACUUGAUGGUGAUAUGCUAGCUCAAUUUUUGGAACUCACGAGUAUGCAACAAGAGGCAGUGUUGUCCCUUCCGCUUGGUUCACCAAAAACUGUAAUGCUGAGUCUAAAGUCAUCUCCUCCACCAAUUACAGCUAAUCAGGUCGUGCGCAUUCUUGAACGAGUUCAUUAUGCCCUCAAUUGAAUUCUCGUAUAUGUACUCCCUAGAUCGUCAGUCUGCAGCUGUGGAAUGAGGAUGUCAGCUUUUCAGGAAUGAAAAAUGGUCAGACCAGAUAUAAUGUCAUCUGCCAGAUUACAUUGCUUGGAUGAAGCCACAGAAGCUAGGUUCAUCAUCCAACACACAUUCUGAAUUGAAUGCAUUUGGAACUUGGACAGGUGCAUCGAUCUUGUAAACAGAAAUAUCUUCCUUUAUUUUAGGUGGUAGACAGAAGCAAUAUUUGGUAGUGUGCAACCUCUUUCUUGUAUAAUGUGUAGCUAGACUUUGUUGUACAGUAGAUAGGGUAAAUAGGCAUCAAAGAAAAUUUUUUACCUGGCUGCUUUCUUUGUUCAAGACGGGCCACUAAUGUAUAUGGUCAUCAGUUAAUAGACAAAUUAUACAACUUGCUUCUC